UUUUGCUAUGACGCACGGUAUAUUUGAAAAUGAAAGCGCAGGAUGAGGUUCCACCAAGUGCAAGUGGCAGAUGACUCCGACAGCCCCGCCUAUUACAAUCUCUUGGAAAGGAACGCACGAGCAUUUUGACGCGAUGCAGAUAACCAUCCCGGGCAUACAGAUAAAACAGCUACAGACUUAAAUACUUUUAUGACGAAAAAUUCCAGCGUAGCUUUAUUAUCAUUGUUGUUGGCUUCGGAAAGCAAAUUAGGAAAUAUUGUAGCAGAUAUUAGUAUAUUAGAAUGUGCUGAGACAGUUUGUCUGAAAAUCAGGUUGCGUCGGGUAUAUCAGAUUAUUGGGAGGGUAAAAUGGAUUGUGACGUAAAGGUUUAAACCCGUUGAUGGUGCAUAGCAUGUACCGCCCACGGUAAAGUAUAGUAGACAGGAAAUCGCUGGAAGCAGAGACGGCGGACUCCAUCAAACGUUUCCCUGGACAUGAGCAUGUGUCCUCCACUGUCAUUGUGAGUAGAAAGCGGCAAUCAAGAUCAUGGCUUCUUAUCUUCAGAUUGCAGACGAUGAGAAGGGUCACGAGUUAGACCUGUUCUGUGUCCCUAAACAUUAUGAGGAGGAUUUAGACAGGGUCAUCAUUCCGCAUGGAUUGAUUAUGGAUAGGACUGAGCGUCUGGCCCGUGACAUCAUCAGGGACAUGGGGGGUCACCACAUCGUGGCUCUCUGUGUUCUUAAGGGUGGUUACAAGUUCUUUGCCGACCUGCUGGACUACAUCAAGUCUCUGAACCAGAACAGCAACACCUCCCUCCCCCUGACAGUGGACUUCAUCAGGCUGAAGAGUUACUGUAAUGAUCAGUCGACUAACAGUGUCAAAGUCAUCGGAGGGGACGAGCUGUCCUCUCUGACAGGCAAGAAUGUUUUGAUAGUUGAGGACAUUGUGGAGACUGGGAGGACGAUGCAGACUCUGCUUGCACUGCUAGCUCAAUACAAUCCAAAGAUGGUUAAAGUAGUUAGCCUUCUUGUGAAGAGAACACCAAAGAGCUCAGGGUACAGACCUGACUACAUCGGCUUUGAGGUCCCUGAUGCCUUCCUGGUGGGCUACGCUUUGGAUUACAACGAGUACUUUAGAGAUCUCAGUCACAUCUGUGUUCUGAACGAGCAGGCCAAGGAGAAAUACCGUGUGUGAUGGUGGGAGACCAGCACUCUGUCACUGUUUCCUGGGGCUGAAUCAUAUUGACAUCUUUACAUUCAUAUUUACAUGAGAAGCCUCCAAAAUAAGAACACAUGGAAUGUUUGUUCACUUUGUAAAAUCCAAAAUUCUGUAAAUUGAAGUUUAAAUUAUGCCUGUGAGAUUGUCUGAUUUGUGUUAUUGAUAUAUAUUUAUUGUUUUUGCUACUUCUAAUAUUCAAUAUUCCACAGGUUUUCUGUUCUGUAUGUUUAAGGUUUUCUCAGAUAAGUGCCAGUACAAUAUAUGUAUGUACUGUGUUGGAACUAAGCUAUGCUGUUUCCCUCCUUGUUCUGUAUGCCAUGCAAUGACUGAGUUGGAAUGUACUGUAAAAUAUUUAUUUAAUAUUUAAAGCUUAGAAGUUAAAGAUGUUUUCUCGAAUUAGAAAUUUACAGCAAUAA